AUGCAAAUCGAACCUCAAGGUCUCGCAUUCGUAGGCAAGUCUCAAUUAAAACUUUCGCCAUAUGUUCGCCUACACAACCUUUCAGCAGGUCCAACCUGUGCACUAGAUCCGUCGCGGAUUCCGAGCAACCACAUUCUCGGCCCACUCUCGGUCUGGAACUCGAAGGCAAUGCCGUCAAGUGCUGCGCAACUCUUCAGCCCCUCACCGACUUGCACCGUCGAGCAACUCCUCAGCCGAGACUUCGACUCGGCUCCCGACCCACUUCCUUGGAAACCUGGCGCAGAUUUGGAAUAUUCCCUACACGAGCCGGAUCCGCCUGCUGAUAUCCCUCGCUGGGUCGCUCUAGUGGACCACUAUUCGCCAACCACGGCUGUCACUCUGCCACAGCGCGCCGACAUCGACGCCUUAAGCCCCGAAACCCUUUCCUUAAUCCACCCGGGCGCCCCGUCCGCUCGCCUGCCUAUAUGGUUUGCACAACUGUGGGACUCACUAUCUGAAAUCUACCAGAUGCGGCAGGGAUAUCUGCGUGCGAGGGCAUGGAUAAUUCGCAUGCUUGAAGCCGGCACGUCAACCACUGCCGAAUGCGAAGAAGCCCUUCGCCGCGUGUGUUUUCUGCCGGCCAUGGACCACGUUUGGCGACACGUCGCACCCCGGCUCGCUUCGUCUAGUCGAUGGCUUAACUCAGACGCCCUCGACCUUGUUGUGCUUAUGCUCAACGCGGAGAUUCGUGAAACGCCUCUUAAAGGCGUGGCGUUCGUCCUUUCCUCCGGCAUAUGCGGGUACUCGGGGACCAAGCUUAACGCAAGGUUUUCGCGUUGGAUUGAACGCCGCAUCUUCCAAAAGCGUGCGACGCUGUACGUACCCUGGCAUCUUCAGGACCAUUGGAUCACCGUCGCCUUCGACAUCUCUCAUGGAAUCAUCAUGUACGCCGACUCAAAGCCCUCUUAUAGCGCCACCUUGCUUUCCGACGCGAAGCGUAAGAUGCGGAAUGUUUCUAUAGCCAUUGACAAGGCGAUCGGCAGGCCGGGGCGUAUCUGGAAGUUCGACAGCACAUCAAUUGCCUGCGAAGAGCAAAAGGAUGACUGCUCUUGUGGAGUUGCCACUGCCUUUACGAUUGCACAUCUCAUAUUCCCAGACCGCCCUCCUUGGCAGCCAGAGUACCCGGAUCAACAGCGGCUAAGCCUGCUCCUGCAGCUCUUACGCCGUGCGCCUCAGACAAAUGGAUCUCAUUCUGGAUACAACAGCAUCUGGGAAUACGCCGACCUUGCGCCUCCCUCAAGUAUUCCAGCAUUACCAUCAAGCACAUUCCAAACUCAGACAACCGAGACCCCAACCACAACAACGGGUUCACAAUCGGCGCCAUUCAAAGGGCCAACUCACAGUAGUCCCUCGACCCCGGUGCAGCUGGCACGCCCGCCGCCGCCGCUCGGCAACGUGGCGGCCCCGAUGCAGCUCCAACGCCCGCCCUCCCCGUUCCAAGGGCCCGCCCCACCGCCGCUCGCGCGCCCGCCACCACCGCUCGGUAACGCAGUACCCACAACGCCCGCGCGCCCGCCCUUGCCGUCUCUCAGGCCUGCCCCGACGCUGCUCCAACGCCCGCCCUUCCCGUUCCAAGGACCCGCUGCACCGCCGCUCGUGCGCCCUCAACCGCUCGCGCGCCCGCCACUGCCGCUCGGUAACGCGGUGCCCAAAACGCUUGCGCGCCCGCCCUCGCCGUCUAGCAGGCCCGCCCAGAUGCAGCUCCAACGCCCGCCUUCCCCGUUCCAAGGGCCCGCCCCACCGCCGCUCGGCAACGCGGUGCCAGCAAAACUCGCCAGCCCGCCCUCGCCGUUCCGCGGGCCUGCCCCGGUGCACCUCGAACGCCCGCCCGCGCCGUUCCUCGGGCCUACCCCAGUGCAGCUCGCGCGCCCGCCUCCACCUGUCGGAAACGCGGCGCUCGUGGCGUUCGAACCCCCACCCUCGCCAUUCCGCGGGCCUGCGUCUGUGCAUCUUCCUAGCCCGCCACCGCCGCUCGGCAACGCGGUGCCCAAAACGCUUGCGCGCCCGCCCUCGCCGUCUCGCAGGCCUGCCCCGAUGCAGCUCCAACGCCCGCCUUCCCCGUUCCAAGGGCCCGCCCCACCGCCGCUCGGCAACGCGGUGCCAACAAAACUAGCCCGCCCGCUCUCGCCGUUCAGCGGGCCUGCCCCGGUGCACCUCGAACGCCCGCCCGCGCCGUUCCUCGGGCCUACCCCAGUGCAGCUCGCGCGCCCGCCUCCACCGGUCGGAAACGCGGCGCUCGUGGCGUUCGAACCCCCACCCUCGCCAUUCCGCGGGUCUGCGUCGGUGCAUCUAGCAGGCCCGCCACCGCCGCUCGGCAACGCGGUGCCCACAACAUUCGCGCGCCCGCCCUUGCCGUUUACGAUGCCCACAUCUGCGACGCUCAACCGCCGCCCACACGCGCUGCUCAGGAGACCAUCACCUAUUCCGCUGGAUUUCCCCACCGAGCCCUUCUCAACCCGCGGCAUGCAGGACGCGCUGCUUGAACUCGAAGUGCCGCCUACACCCUUCAGACAGCCUGCCGUCGGGAGUCAGCAGUUGCAGCAGGGCUUGACGCAUGCACAAGUUGCUGAGAAGAAGCCCGAUGCGCCACUGAGCUUCGGCACUGUGGGGAGCACAUUGGCGCUUGACACCAGCACUGGCAGCACUAGCACUACCCUCGUCGUUGCCGUCGUCAUCCUCAUGUUCCGAUGUCCCAUCUUGCCCUCACCCACGUCUCCCGUCUUGCUCUUGCCCGUCUUGCCCGUCUUGCCCUUACUCUCGCUUGCCUCGUGUCUCUCCAUCUCCCACGUCGCCCCCUUCGCGCCUGCAUCUCCCACGUCGUCCAUGUCGCGUCCGCUGUAUUGCCCUCCUCACCCUCCUCGCCCACGUCACCGACGGCGCGAAGCACAGCCUUCCCCUACCACUCUCCAUCCCGUCGAUUACGAGCGAGGAUUCAACCAACAGCCCAACGUACAGCAAUACUGGCAUCAAACAAUUGGCACGGCAGUGGUGCGGCUCACGGGCUACCGUACUCCAACGCUGUCGCGCCAGCAUAACGACGCCGACGUCCAGCACGACGUCCAACCCGUCUUUCCCGACGAGUGUUCAUUCCGUCUCCCACCCACGCAUCCACCGCCUCUACGAUGCCUGCCACGUCACCCCCACCUCGUCCGCAUUUCCCGCAGCGCCCCCUUCGUCACGUCGCCAGUGUCAUCCACCUCGCUCACAUCACACUCCCUUAUCCGCGUCGCCAGCGUUGCCCACUGCGUUCUCGCCCGUCUCACCUUCGCCUUCGCCCAUCUCGCCCUCACCCGUUUUGCUGUCACCCGUCUUGCUGUCACCUCCAUCACCGCGUCGCCCCCGUGUCGCGCCCGCGUCACCCACAUCGUCUUGCUGGUCUCGUCUAGCCCACAUCACCCACAUCGCAGCGUCGUCCUCGUCUCGCCCACGCGUCGGUGUGAUCGUCUUUGCCAUGUGCCUCUGUCCGGGCGCCGGGAUCGAUGCAACGCCGGCCACGCGCUGACCGGUCCCUCUCCUCAGGCUGGGAGGAACGCAUUCUGCCGGCUCCUCAUAGAGAUCUCGAAGACCUCGCGGGAUCCUUCGAUUUUUCUCUUGGGAGAACAGCUGCGUGUGGACAACUUGGAUCGCCUCAAAUCGUACCUCCAGCGAAAUCCCCAAAGCCAAACCCGUCGUCAUCUUCUCCCCAUUCAGCCUCCGCGCGACCUUCGUUCUGUGUUCUACGACCCAAGUGCACGAUCAUCUCAGACAGGAAAAAUGAGAGGUCCUGGCCCCAUCUUCCUCGUGCUUGAAAGAGUGGACGACGGGAGGUCCAACGAUGGCGCUGCUCCGCUCUACCAGCCUGGCAGGGAGGAACCUGUUACGUACCGCGCCGACAACACUUCUGCACCCUUCGUGUUGCCCGGCCCUAUGAAGCAACCUCCGCCGCCGAGGAUGCGCAUUCGUGCGAGACAGAUCAUAUCGACAUGGACGGACCAUGGCCAGUGCAGCGCCAAGUGCAGGAUCCGUCUUAGGAACUCAUGUUAUCGUUCUCCUCUAGUCCGUUUAGUAGAGAAACGCUGCAAAGUGCCAGCCGACAGUAGCAUCGCGCAUGAAACGGUCGUGACGAUGCUGUUACACGCUGAUCGAGAGAGCGUAAGCGCGAAGCUCGGGAGAUCGCGGCGAAUGCGAAGAGAGGCUGAGCGGGCGAACGCGUGGCGCGCGAAGUGGACAAGGACAGAGGAACAGACCGGGGAAGACGAGCUCGAGCACACGGGUGCUGACACAGGAGACACUGCAGAAGAGGCGAGAGAGACUCGCGUGGAGAUGGACGGAGGGGGGCCAAGACAAAGAAAUGAAGAGGAGACGAAGAGAUGUGGGAACGCGUGUGUAGACCGCGAGAGAACACAGAAGGCGUUGCGUAUCCGCGGGCGGAUGGCGAAGGGUGUGCGAGGCGGAAUAGACGAGAUGCACGAAGACGAGGACGAACGCGGAGAUGAUCGUGCGGGUGUUAGCCUGGUCGAAGGUGUUGUGUUCAUGCGUCUGUGUCGUAUGACGACAGCGCGUGCGUAUCAGUGGAUAGGCCUGUUAUACGGAGGCUGUAGUCAACAUCCCCUCUUCGUCGUCAACCGAGUCCGGCACUCACUCCGCCGGAACGCCUCACAAGGUCGCCGCUCUUCCACCCACCUACCACGGCGCUUCGUUCCCCGCCUACUGCUCUCUCCCAUGAACAUAGACGGCUCAAAAGGACGUCUUCCGCCGGGAAACAUAGAGCAGGAGUUUGGUGCAGUGGGAGGAUACGCCAUGCCGCGAGCAGACGCCAUUGGUGCGCGAGCCCCUGUUUUUGCGAGUUCUCAUUCGGAGCAUCCCAGCCCGUUUCAUUCUCAGCGUAGGUCCCUAUGGAUGAGCGUGGGUGCCGUCUUCAAGCGCGGUGUCGACAGUAGAAGGCUCUCGGUUACUGGUGGUAACACGGAUCUACCUAGCAGGCUCGCUGGUGAUCUCUGCUCAUCAGGUAACGAAGGUCGCCGUUCGGGGUCUCAAAACGAUGUUCGCCGCCUUGAACACGCCCGCCCCCGAGCGCAAUCCGACGAACCUGGAGUGACUCUUCGUGGUCCGCACUACUGUCUCGUCCGUCUGCGCGGGACGUCCAUCCUGGUUCCGGCGUUCAGAAAGAAGGAGCAGCUCACGGAUCUCAAUCCUAUGGUCUACGCACACCGCAAAUACAAAUGUAUGUGUAGCACACCGUUGUACGCCAUCAUCUCAUACAGGCAGGCUACGGAAAACAUCGCCGCCUCGUGCUUGUUCCAGCAGGUCGCCGGGGAUAACCGCGCGCAGGUUUCGACUGUGCUGCCAUCUCGUGGUGCCUCCCUUCCCUCGCCGACACGGGACAACAAUUUUAAGCCCGAGGAGGACGCAAAGGAGAUAUUGGAGGACUAUCCAGGCGUCGGGCACGCCGACGCCCAGUGCGCGGCCGCGCGGGCCGCGGGUGCACUCAACAUUCCUCCCAUCUGCGACAGCUCCAUCUCACGUUCGCUCGAGCAAGUCGCAGAGGCGAACGACCUUUCUCCUCUUCGCCCGUGGCCUUGGCAUCCGGAUGGCGCUCUCGGACUCAUAUUCAUGGAUCAAGCCGGGGCUGCACCGCAUAUUUACGAGAGCAGGAUACCCACGCCUCGUAUGAGGUGGCACGCUCGUCGAGUCGGGCGGAUGAUAGGGAUCCUGAGUCUCGAGGCGCGUCUCCCUACCCUUACGUAUCGCGCCAAUGUAUCACUCCUCGCGCAGAGCGCGGAGAUCGCGAUCAACGAUGGCAUGGACGCGAUCAUCGUCUCCAACCACACAAGCCCAUACAAUAUGCCCGGAAUCGUCAACUCCGGAUGGAGCCCCUGGAUUAGUACAGGGCCCUACUCCGGCUGCAAGGCUACGCAAGUGACCAGGCGUCGUGUUUUCUUCCCCACCGUAGCCCAUUUUCCCCGCGACGCCACUCAGACACGUCAAAGCACCCGGGAUUCAGUAUGCCGCCCGUUCAACUCCCUUGCCCGAAUCUCGCCAUCAUGCCAGUCGUCUCCACACUAUAUUCGGGCCUCCGGUUCGCCGAAUACAACCCGCCCCUCUCCGCACACACCUGACUCAACGUCGUACAGCACGAACGUGACGGAAAGCGGAGGCCCGCGGACGACGGAGACGCUCUCAUCCAGCCCAAGGUGUGCGCACGUCGGUCUCGCUCACUGGCGGGACGCGCCCCCCUCUCUGCUCUCGACGGAACGUGAGCGAGUUGGUGCCCGACCUUCGCGCACGUCUCCUCCGUACCUCGAUCUCCUCACCAGCCGCCCUGGUCGACCUCGACGCAGACGUGUCGUCCCGCGGGCUGCGCACCGUCCUCGGCGUUGCGUGUAUAGGGGCGGGCACCCCAAGCGCCACGCUGCAGUCUUCCAUGAGGCACACGUGGAUGCGACGCGAUUCAAAGCAACUGCCACCGCGUCCUGUUCGUCCAAGCAUGCCCUCGUCCACCGCCGGGCUGCCAUCCGCCCCCGCCACCGCCGGUCCUUCGGGCGCAUCGAGCACUCGCGCUCUCCAGCGCACGCUCGAGUCUCGACCCGACGAACGACCCCGAGCCAACUGACUCGUCGAACCGGUCGAGUCUUCCGCGCUCCGCCGCGUCAAGACAACGCAAGCUCUGGCGCCACCCGAGCCGCGGCCAGCCACAGGAAGCUCGUGCGCUUUUCGCCUCAUGCGCGAGUAGGAGCGUCCGCUGAUCGGCUCCGUGAGCGUCCUCAGUGCCAAGACCUCGAAGAGCCGGACCUAACACGUUUUUCUCUGUUCACUCGAACAACAUUUUCGCCUCUUCCCCGCGGCAGAAAAGAGCAGGAAGGUGAAGAUCUCAGACUCGUAAGUGCUCCGAUUUCGUACGCGCGCGGUCUGGCGUGUCGGCUGAUGGACCUCUGCUUGUCCGGUCUCCCAGCAGCACGCCGCCUCAAAGACUCGCGCUCGGUCUGGGACCUCCGGACGCGCGAACUACAAGUCAUUCCUGAUACAAAAACCGCAACUUCUUACACCCCAAACCCCAUCCGCUUGCGCUCGUGUCACGCGGGCGAGUUCGGAGACGCACCGACGUCGCUCUCCCCGCCCUUCGUCGCGCUCCACGGAGAGUCUGCGGAGCGUCUGCGUCAGCGUCCCCCUCCUCUCUCUCUCACACACACUCGCACGCGCGCACGACGAACGCUCACCUGGAAUGCAGUCGAGGCUGAUGUGCGCCUCCAAAUUGUCCGUCGUCAUCGUGCGCUCGAUCGUGACCGCGAUGCCGUGCGGGCGGCGCGGAGAGGUGCGAGAGGCGCGGGUAUCGCCCCCGCAUCUCUCCCGCCCCUUAGGGCACCUGCGCCGUCGACGCUUUCCCCCACGUUUCGAGAACCCCGUUUCAUUGAACAGGCGUUAAACGAGGACGACAAAAAAAAAAAAGUCCGAGAGGCGCGAGAGUUCGAUGUCGAGCUGGCUGCGGGUGAUGUCGCCGGAGGAGGAGUGGAUGGUCGACCCGCGGCGGGGGUUGAGGAUGAGGCGCGAUCCCUAGGCGGGGUCAGCUCGUCUCAGCGCGAAGACUGCAGUGAGAGCGAGACCAUCAGCAAAAAAGCGUUUUAA